AAUUCUGAGCCUACAGCGGGUAAGUGAAGGCGGCACAGAUUCAUCAAGAGGAAUGUCAGCCUCGGGAUGUAAGCCGGCCUCUGAUUGGCCAGCCACGGUCACGUGACCGUUUCCCAAGCGGAGUUUCCACGACAGCUGGAAGCCGAGCGGCGCCGCGCAUCGCUUCUUUGGUAAAAAUUAUCGGAAAUAACCAGAGUUCUGCUCGUCUCAGCUCCUCCAGAGGAACCCUGGUCUGGCAUGGGCGACAAGAGGAGUCCCACAAGGCCGAAGCGUCAACCGAAGCCCUCCUCCGACGAGGGGUUUUGGGACUGCAGCGUGUGCACGUACAAGAACACGGCGGAGGCUUUUAAGUGCAUGAUGUGUGAUGUCAGGAAGGGGACGUCAACAAGGAAGCCUCGUCCCGUCUCCCAGCUCGUCUCGCAGCAGCAGGUAACGCAGCAGUUCGUGUUGCCCUCACAGCCCAAAAAGGAAAAGAAGGAGAGAGUAGAGAGAGAGAAGAGCGACAGGGAGCCGGCGCUCAAGAAGAACAGUCACAAGAAGAUGAGGCCGAGGUUAAAAAACAUCGACCGCAGCAGCGCCCAGCACCUGGAGGUGACGGUUGGGGACCUGACAGUCAUCAUUACGGACUUUAAGGAGAAGGCCAAGCCCCCGUCCAGCUCGGCCACGUCGUCCAGCAGCGCGUCCACGGCCGACCACCACAGCCAGAACGGCUCCAGCUCAGAGAACACAGAGAAGGGCCUUUCCCGCUCCUCCUCGCCCAGAGGAGAGGGGAGCUCGGUCAACGGAGAGUCCCACUGAGUCCCCCCUUCAGACCUCCACCCCCCCGGCCUCCACCCACAUCUCAUCUGCCAGCCCUCUGCUCCAGAGCUGCACAUUACUGACAAAAAACACUUUCUUUCUUUUGGAUAUUACGGUUAGAAUAGGAAUUGUGACCAAACACAUCAGAUUUGGUGACUUUAAAGAUUCUCCAGAGGAAUUGUGCAUUUAGAAAGCAAUACAAGAGACCUUUUGCUCCGUCUUCAAAGUUUUCAGAGUUGGUGUCAUCGAACGCAUCCUAGUGCUGUCCAAACUUUGCUACAAGACAUUUUUAUUCUGACGAAGAACUUCCUCAGAACUGACCUGAGAUCUGUCUGAAUAAAUGUCUGGACAAGCUUCAUGUUCCUGUAAGGUUUCCUUCAGAUGCACCUGCCUCUUUUUCUUUUUCUAUAUAUUUUUGUUAAAAUGUGCAGCCCCACCCUCAACAUCGCCUUCAGAGUGACCUUUUCUACCCCGUGUGGAAUCUGCAGCCUCUGUCUGGAAUCUGUACCGACCCCAUGAUAACCUGAACCAUGUAUUAAUGCACUCUGGGUGUUCUGACACUGACCCUUAACCUCACAGCAAACCUUCUUGAUUACUGCAAGCUUUUACUUAUGGACUGCCUCUGCUGUAGAGAGACUAUUUUGACUCAGCUGUACUCCAUUUGGUGACUUUGGGGUAUUGUUUGGAGCAGGUUGUCUAGUUCAGGUAAUGUAUGUAUGAGGGCAUCGGGCAGGUUUUGAUAAAAGCCCUCUUUUAAAGGUUUGGUGUGGGAAGGUUGAGUAUGAUUUUAAAGGAUAAUACUGGUGUUUUUGUUGCCAAUAAUGUACGCUACCACUUUUUUUGUGUGCACAGUCAGCCACAAUGGAGGUACAAUCAUGGUUUUGUUUUUCCAUCAAUGUCGUUUUGAAAAAAAUGAAUGGCUGCAACUACAAACCUGCAUUAAGGGAAACCUUUAAUUCAUUUAUUUCAGUCAUGUGGAAGCCUUGUCAUGGAGAGAAUGAGCAACUUUCUGGCUUUAUGCAGCUUUAAGCUCACCGUUUUGGUGUUCUGACCCUCACAAUAGCCGUGUUUCCAUCAACUAAUGUCUAUGCUCAUAUAGAAGAUUUGCAUGAGAAAAGCUUGAUUGGAAACAACAAAAUUCAAUAAAACUUUUGAAGAUGCGUAUAAAAUUUUGUCUUUCUCGAGAAAUAGUUAACGCGCUGAACGAGAGAUGAAAUGAUUCUACCAAAUAAGUUCUGACGUAGCGAACAUUUAACCCCCAUGACUGAUCAGCUGUUUCAGCUCUUUUUUUGUUGUUUUCCUGCGCAAUCUCUACUACUACUGUUUACUGUUGGAUCAGCCUACAGCAACACACUACACUGCCAUCUUCUGAAGAAAGUACUUUUGUUUAUUCGCUGAAAACCAGUUGAUGAAAACGUCCCUAAUUCUUUAAUGCAACAUUCCAAAAUUUUGCUGCAACUUUAAUGGAAACAUGGCUAUUGACUAUACAUAUCCAGACAACGAGCUCAGACAAAGUGUUGAUGUUUUUGGUAAAGAAAGGCUGUAGGAAAUUGCAAACUACAGUACUCCAAACUAUAGUUUAGUAUGCAGAAUAUGCACACAGUCUUUACCAACUAGUUCCCAGCUUGGUGCAGACCAAACCAGAGCUAAAAGUCUGUAAAUAAUGGGCUAAUAUUCAUCAGAAGACCUGAAACACAGAUCCAAAAGUUCAUGUUGGUGUAUGAGAGGCCAUACAUUGCUGACAACUUAUCUCGCUGUUCCUUCACACUCAAAAAAAUACUUAAUGCAGCUUUGUAAUUAACUACAGUCAGUUUCACACUUUGGUCAUACUUUCAUUCACAUUUUUAAGUCCAUAUUGUAGAAGAAGAGUCUUUUAGUGCAGGAAGGUUGUUCACUGAGUGAAACGACCUGGACGUCUCUGAGCGGACCGGCCCUGGAGCUGCCUCGCCUGUUGGAGAGCCGUAUUAGUGGCAGCUGUGAUAAGAACUGGUUAAGAAAAGGAGCUUCAGUGCUUUCUUUAUCUCCUUCAGCAUAAGGUACAUUGGGCCAUCCUUUACAAAAGGAAACCAGAUAAUGCUGUCCCACAAUUCCUUGCAGCAGUGACAUUUAAAGCAGUGCUCAUGAGAAAAAGCAAUCAACAUGUUACGCCUGUCUUCAAAACUUCAACAAUUUCUUUCAUGCAGUUAGAAUUAUUGGGAUUCACGUCGAUAAACACGAGUGGACAAAAGCGUGAGCAUCGUAUUUCAUUUCACUUCUCCUUCAAAGUGUUUAAGACAAAGUUUGGAAUUGUUUUUACUUUUCGACCGCAGCCAAAAUCAUUCACCGAUCAAUGACUCCUCCAUGUCACGCCGUAGUUAGAAUGAGAUAUAUCUACACCAAUGUGCUAACAAACAUUCUCCAUACGUCAUCUUUCUGCUUUUGUUUGGCACAUUUAUGUUUUUGAACAAGAGUUGAUUUAAAGCCCGGUUUGUCACAUUUACCUUUGUUUCAGAGACUAAAAAGAAGGGUUGAUUGCAAUAGAAUUGAUUGUAAUCUGGACUGGCCCCUUGUUAAGGGACUGUAGCUGUAGAUGACACCAGUGUUCUUCUUUCAAUCUCUGCACCUGCUCAGCGUCACAGUGGAGACCCAGAGGGACUGGUGCUGUGGACCAGCCUGGACACAGCGUGGUGCUCCGGCAACAGAGAAGGAGCUGUGACUUCUGGACACGCACAGUUAGCAGCUGAUGGACUUCAGAAACUGUUUAAAUGCCUCCAUUUUGACGUAGCAAAGUGGAGGAGCUUUAGAAUAUACUAAACCCCCAGCAGAACAACUAUAGAUCAACCUAACUACACAAUAACUUAUGAAACAUGUAGAAUACUACACAGAUAAAAUGGAUAUUUCUAAAAUAUUGUACUACAAUGUUUUGAUGUGGUUGU